AUGGAAAUCAUCUGCGCAGGGUAUCCGAAGACAUCGACCAAAAGUUGCACCAGCUGCCUAAGAACGCUUGGGUACAAAGUAGCGGACAUCACCGAGACGAUGGAAUUUCUAUCAGAUGUUUGGUUCGAGUACAUUAAUGGCCGCUGCUCAAUUCGAAAAGUGAUCGAUGAGUACAAAAAGCACGGUUUUCAAGCAAAUCAAGACUUUCCCGGCCAUGCUUACUGGGAAGAGCUCUUUCAUGCAUCUCCGAAUGCAAAGGUUAUUCUUACUUAUGUCAUGAAGAAAAAACUCCUGCGAAACUGUAACGUCGCACUGUACCCAGCAGAUUGGCAUGUGUUCACUUGGCAGAAGCAAAACGAACUCGUGAUCCCUUACUGGGAAGCUAUGGAAGAUGUUUAUGAAGCGCACAUUCGACGGGUCAAGGAAAUAGUUCCAGAAAAACGACUUCUUGUUUGGAACAUCAAAGAUGGUUGGGAACCACUUUGCAAAUUUCUUGAUAAACCUGUUCCAGACUCUCCUAUCCCUCACUUGAACAAGUCUGCAAAACACAAUAGCUUCAUUGACAAUCUUAUCAUGGAAAGUCCUGUUGGAAAGGAAAUGAUUUCGCACUGGAAAUGGUGUCUUUAA